UCUGAAGAAGGAGGCAGGGGAGAGCAGGCAGGCCCAGCUCAGUGCUCAGCAGGAGGCCAACACACACCAGCAGAGGGCUCAGCAGCUGGAGGCAGAGCUGACCAACACCAAGGACACACUCAGGACUCUACAGCAACAGCUGCAGGAGCAGGCUGAUGCCAGCCAGGCACUGCGGGCAUAGCAGUCCCAGUAGCAGGCCAGUCAGCAGUAGCUGCAGGAGAGGGGGCAGGGAGAGAGAGGGUCGACUGGAGUCAGAGAAAAAAUAGCUCAGAACCAGCAUGGAAGCAGCUCACAGCCAGCUGAGGGAGCGGGAGAGGACUGUGGGGUGCCUGUAGGAGCGUGUGGUAGAGCUGCAGAGCACCACCCAGAGGCUGCGGGAGGAACAGACAGCCUGCCAGGCUCAGCUGCAGCAGUGAAGGAGGGAGCUGGAGAGCAGGGAGGGCCAGAGACACAGCCAAGAGAUGAGCGUCUUUCAGGAGACGGUGUGCAGGCUGAGGGAGUGUGUAGAGGAGGCCCAGGCCAGCAGCAGGCACGGGACCAGGGACACAGCAGCAGCACAACACAGCCUCAGAGAUCUGAGACUGGAGCUGGCCUCCACCCAGGCUUCAUGGAGCUGGUGCGUGCCCUGCUUACACACAGCUGGCUGAGCAGAGUGGUGAGGCUGCAGGUCUACGUAGUGAGCUGUCCCGCCUGCAGCAGAGGAGCUCCCAGCUGUCAGAGGAGAGAGGGGGCCAGGAGGAGAGGACCAGGCAGCUGGCUGCAGAGCUCCACAGACUACGCACUGCCAGCAGACACUGGAUGAGACUCGGUCCUGUGAGGGCAGGCUGGCAGAGCUGAGUGCCCAGCUGGGGAGGUCUCAGUGCUGGGGCCAGGAGAAGCUGGUAGCCCUGGAGAAGGAGGUGGUGCUGAUUAAGGUGGAGAUGGCUUCUCUCAGGGAGAACUACCAUGCCAAGGUGCCCCAGGUGGAGGCCUUACACUCACAGCACGAUUCCAUGGAGCACAAGUACAGCACAGCAGCUAAUGAGUCUCUGGGUAAUGCUCGUUCAGACAGUUCUCUUCUACACAGGGAGAGUGAGCUGGUGGGAACCAACGUCAACCAGUGGGUGGAGCAGAAGCAAGGGUCUGCAGGGGGAGAUGAAGAGGCUGAAGGCUGAGCUAGAAGAGAGCAGGAUUGAAGCCGAGAGGUUCAGGUAUCAGGCCUCUCAAGCCAGUAUGAGUGGCCAGCGCAGUGCCCUGACCAGACCUUCCGUCCAGCUGCUCCACAUAAAAUCUGCUCUGACUGCGAUAGGAGCCUUGAGUGGCCAGAGAGACAACCUGUGGAGGAGGAGCUCUGGCUGCCAACCUGCAUCUGCAUUAGCCCCAGACUCAGCCUGUGUCUGCCUGGCAGGGAGGGGGGCCACGUUUGCUGCUGAGGUGUCCAGAAGAGUGGCCCUUAGGACCCUGGAGCGCAGACCCCUGCCAUGUGGCCACCACCGCUGGAGCAGACCCGCUCUCUCAGCUGGGACAAGCCACACCCUACACAUCUCAGGGAGGGACACUGGUGGGGGAUAGUAUGAACCAGUGAGAAGGGAAAUACAGGUAGUUAUGACUCAAGAGAAUACAGCACACAAAUAUUUAUGAUUUUGUAGCUUGAUAGAUAUGAAUAAAUUAUUGUAUUAUAUUUAAUGACAAUACUAAACUUUAAUAAUUUAAUUUCUUUGGUAUUUUCAGUAUAUAUUUUUUCAAAAUCUUUGUGGCACAAUAUUGUAAUAAUAAUAAUAUUGUAAUCUCUUACCAUUACUCCUUCAGCCCAGUUCUACAUUAUGAUUGUCUACUUAUUCACAACAGAUUCUGUUGAACACAGAUUCUGUGUUGUGAAUAAGUAGACAAUUACAAUCUUACCUGUACAGUAUCUGGGUCCUUCCACCAGUUCGGUGCCUUUUUAGAAGUGUAACUUGUGAUUUCACAAAAUGUUGACAUUCUGUCCUAAAGAGCACAUGUUCAACUUCAUAAAAAACACAUGUUGCCAUUCCAAUAGGUUACAUAAAAAAAGACUAUAGUUAGUGCCUAUUAAGUGCUAAAUAAAGUAUCAGGGUUGACGGUAUCAGGGUUGACGAUCUCGUUUUAAAUCAGCCAUAAAUCCUCUCGUGACAGGGGGAAUGGAAGCUUGUGUGCAACAGGGAGUGGCAAUUGAAACCCGUUAGUUUUCUAUCACAAAACAGAAAAUGGCCCAACAAGUUUUUACACUAUGAUUUGACUAUUUGAUGUUCAAUGUUUCUUUUGAAAAAUACAUUUUAAAUGAAUAGUUUCACCAUAUUAAAACUAGAGGGUUGACCUUAAAAUGAGGGACAGAUGUGAAUGAAUCACUAAUCAAAUGAAAUAAAUAUAAUCUUCAGAACUGACUUAAAAUAACUAGGGAUGUACAAUGGAGAAAUGUUUGGAUUACAUGGGUUGAAGUCUUCCUAGAAGUGACACAGGGUUGGCAGAGGGACAUGUCAAAAUGCUGAAUUUAGCAAGCCUUUAUUCAUAUUAAAAAUCAGAUUAAUUGAAUUCUCCAUGCCGUCUAUAUUAAAGGGCACUUCAUUGAGUAGAACAGGCUUUUAAAAUUAAUAUAUCAAAAGGCACUCUUCGUGGAACGACCCAUCUGACAAAUAUUUGUAUCUAUCCAUUCAGGGUUUUGAUUUACAUUUUUAUAGAAAUCUAGAAAGAAUUAGAAAAAAGUGUCCAGCCUUUUAUUGAGGUAUGAGAAAUAGUCCUGCUUAUUUCUGAGGUUGUCAAAUGAUUAAUUGAUGUCUAGAUCAAAGGACUAAACAUGUAUUGGGGGGGGAUUUCAUGGUUUCAGUCACCUAGAGCAAUACAUCCUUGAGUUCAUGUAAGUCCUAAUGAAUUGUGUAGGCAGAGAAGUCUUUGUGGCCAAAUAAAAGUCUUGUAAAGGCA